UAGGCACCGUAGGGGCGUUGGGACCACAAGUGUCUGGCAGUGUGGGCUGGGGCCUUGUCGCUGAGGCUAAGUCACUUCUGGGCCCCGAGGCAGCUGCCCCAUGCUCUGCUGAGCAGGGUACCAUGUUUCCACGCUUCCUCCUGCUGCUGAGCCUCUUAGGCCCUGGCAACAGCCUUGCGUCGUGGGACCCCUGGGAACGGAGAGCCAAGGAAGCCUCGGAGCCUGUGCAUCUCCGGUACCGGAGACAGGUCACCUUGGAUGAUGAAUUCGAGGAUUUGGAAUAUUCCCCGGAAGGCACAGACCCCCCAGAAAUGCUGAUAAAUGUCACCAACACUGUGGCUGCACACCCUGAGCCUCUGACCACGAUGGCCAUGCUAGACCAGGGAGCUCCUGUGGGAACUGGAACCACUGAGUCAGCCACUACCAAGGUUCCCGGCACUGGCCCUGCUGGCCCAGAUGCGGGAGGGCUGAGCACAGAAUCUGCCGCACAGUGGAGGUCAGCCACAGUGGUGAUGACCGACCAGCCAGCAUCCACGGAUGCAAGGACUUCACAGCCAGCACCCACAGAGGCAGAGACCUCACAGCCAGCGCCCACGGAGGCAGAGACCUCACAGCCAGCGCCCACGGAGGCAGAGACCUCACAGCCAGCGCCCACGGAGGCAGAGACCUCACAGCCAGCGCCCACGGAGGCAGAGACCUCACAGCCAGCGCCCACGGAGGCAGAGACCUCACAGCCAGCGCCCACGGAGGCAGAGACCACCCAGUUUCCCAGGAUUCAGGUUGUAAAAAGUCUGUCUACAGAGGCCUCAGCCGCAGAGACACCUUCCAAAGAGCCCAGCACCACAGAGACUGCGUCCACAGAGCCUAUUGACUCCGCGGUCUUCCUUGGGCCAUCUGUGACUCACAAGGAUAAUGAUAUGACAACUGGUCACUUAAAUGACAGUGGUUUGAAGAACGGGCUCUUUGUGACCCCUUGGCGCUCUCUGGCCACAACAACCCCAGCGGCCUCUGACCUCAUCCCCGUGAAGCAAUGCCUGCUGGCCAUCCUCAUCUUAGCCACUCUGGCCACCAUCUUCCUGGUAUGCACGGUGGUGCUGGCAGUCCGCCUCUCCCGAAAGAAGCACAUGUACCCAGUGAGGAACUACUCCCCCACAGAGAUGAUCUGUAUCUCAUCCUUGCUGCCUGAGGGGGGCGAAGGGGCCCCUGUCACAGCCAACGGGGAUCUGCUCAAGGUCCAGGACCUGAAGACAGAGCCCAGGGAAGACAGAGACGGGGAUGACCUCACCCUGCGCAGCUUCCUGCCUUAGCCUCCCUGGCUACCCGAGCAAGACCCUUGCUGGCUUUACCCUCUGUGGCCACCAAGGCCACAUAUCUGGGCUUCCUGGGUGAACUUUAUCCAUGGGGGUCUUUAGGGUCCAGAGCCUCCAAGAUCCUGCAGUUUCUGCUUCCUUCACGAGCCUGGUGGCCUCCAGGACAAGGACCACAGUAGCAGUUGCUGCUCCUGACACCUCUCUCCUUCUGUCCGCUGUUUUUCCCCCCCUGGAACCCCCCCAUGCCUCCCAGUGCUGUGAGGCUGUCUGUGGGUCACCAGAGUCCUGGCCUCACGUCCCCAAGGAAAAACAAGUUCCCUUACCCCAGUCCCAAAGCCUUCCUCUUGGUUGCCAUGGAUGCCUGAUGAGAAAGGCUCUCUGGCAGAGUCUGCAAGUGCGCAGCAUUUCCCAAGGCAAUUGUCCGUGCCGUACCCCCAGUGAGGGGCAGCUUGGCUUCCCCAGACACCCAUCUGAGGACAGCAGGGCAAGGGUUGGAAAGAUGUGCCUGCAUUUGGGUCUGUGUGAACCAUGAGCUUCUGUCUGUUGACAGGGUGGUCUCACACUGUGGCCUGUCACAGCGCAGGCACUCAAUAAAUGGGUGGCACCAAA